AUACAGUAGUCUAUUAUGUUUUUGAGUUUGAAAGUCCGGUGAAGUCAUUGGCAAAGUCAAAGUACUCGGAAAUCAAACAUGAACGGAUCAAAUGUAGAUCAACUGCUAUGGGAUCUUAAUAAUAAAAAGGCUAUACUGUUCAUACCUGCGAUAGCGUUCCUAGGACUUCUAAUGAUAUUGGGAACAAUUGGUAAUAUCUUAGUGCUUUAUUUCUAUGGUCACAAAUCAAAACCAUCACCAUCAACAAGUUUCAUAUUCACCUUGGCUGUUUUCGAUAUUCUAUCCUGCGUUGUUGGAAUGCCAAUGGAAAUUGCUGACCUUAGAUUCUUCUUCAACUUCAAGAGUGAGGUUGCCUGCAAGAUCCUUCGGUUCAUUACCCAUUUUGCCUCCAUAUCGUCCGCCCUUUCACUGGUAGUAAUUGCGGUGGACAGAUUUCGAAGAAUUUGCCGACCAUUUCAGAGACAACUUCACAUCAAACAUGUGAAACACUUAUGUGUGUCCGUAGGAGUUGUUUCUGUACUUCUAUCUUGGCCUGCUUUAGUAUUUAACGAAAUUGUUGAGUACGACGUAAAAACAAGAGAUGGGACGAUUGUUACAGGGAACGAUUGUACAACAACCAAGAGAGAAUCAUACCAACCAUAUCUUCUUGCCGUAAAUAUUGUUUACGUUGUUGCGUUUGUGGCCAUUUCCAUUAUACUUGGAGUAUUAUAUGUUAUGAUAAGCAGGCAACUUUAUAGACAUAAGAAGUUUAGGUUCUAUGUGGCUAAGAAGGGAACACGUGUUAAACGAAUUGAAGUGAGAGCAAGAGAUCUAUCAAGGCAAGCAUUGUUAAAAGACACCACAAAAGUAAAUGCUUCAGAAGGUGAAAUCGAUGGAGCGAGAAGUUCAGUUGCUGGUCUGAAAGAAACUGUUGGAGGAGAUAUAACUGAGAUAGAAACUGACAGACCAACUUCGGCGUACACAGCCGUCACUGGAACAACUUUGUUGACGGGCAUGACAGACGUUACGGGGAUGAGCAAGAGAUCGACCAGUAUGAAAUCAGUAACAAUUGACCAGUCACAGAACCGGGUUUAUUCUAUAGAAGCAAGAGAAGGAAAGAGGCGAAAUCGGAUAUUUAGAGAAGAAACAGAAAGACCUGGAAGUGGUAGCAGCUUUGCUACAUUUACUAGCAGACCUUCAAGUGCUACAUUUUCAUCAAUCAGUGAUGUUCCAAAACCAAGGGCAAAUAUAGCAUUUGUAGGUCGUAAUUCAAGAAUUGAGGAAGAAGGUAGUUAUGAAGUGGAUGAAGAUGGUAUUAGAGACGAUGAUAACGGAGCAGAUCUAGAAGAAGAAAAACUCAAACGUGAACGAAACUUUGGACAUAACUUGGAAAGAUACUUUAGUUCAAGGGAAAAGACACGCGAAUGGAUUAACAAAACUAUUGGAUACCAUUCUCCAAUACAAAAUGAAGAAAAUGUAAUGAAAGAUAUUUUACAUGAAGAACAAACGGCAAAUGAUCUGGAAAAUGAAAAUAAGGAUAAUUCAAAACUUCAAAAUGAUGAGACUCGUCAAGUUGCUUCAUUAGACAGCAAGCAAGCACCGUUAUCCCCCAAGAAAAGUAAUGAACAAGGCGAAAACGAUAUGAAUGUGGAAGAAAUUGUUCAACCUACAGAAGGUACAGCAGAGGAUGAAAGGCCACAAAGUAGACUAAGCAGCAAAUCAAAGAAAACUAAAAGUUCCGUUGUUUCGAGAAGGUCUAACGUGGUUACACCGCAAACUGACGUUACAACGGCAUCGAGCGUUGCGUCACGUGCAAGUACUGUUAGGAGGCUUAGAAGAAUGUUGCGGGAUAGUGUUUUUAAAGGAGGGAGACUGGAUGCAGACAUUGACAAUGUAAAAGACCUCAGGAUGAAAAUGCUAGACAUCAAUACAGUUAAGUAUACACUGAUAAUGUUGAGCGUAACGAUAGUGUUUGUUGUGAGUUUUCUUCCAUAUCUUGCUCUGACGAUCUGGAGGUACUUUCAAAAGGACCAGGAAGCCAAUACAAUGUCUGACACAGACUUGGUACUCUUCCAGAUAGGCAUACGUUCGUUCUUCCUGAACAGUUCUCUGAAUCCGGUUAUAUACGGAGGAUUUAAUUCUCAGUUCCGGGCAUUUUUCUAUAAGAUGAUGUGCUGUUGCUGCUUAUGGGGAAAAAGAAGAAAGAAACGACAAGGACGUGACCACUCAGACAGUACAUCUGCCUCCUAGAUAUUCUGGAAUAUCACAGAAAUGCGAAGAUAUUCCAGAUCAUGAGUUCCAGCUUUACAC